AUGCCUCUUUCGAAGUUGGGAGAUAACGAGCUAUCCAGCGAUUCAACUGACUUUGAAUAUGAAGAAGAAGAUAGUGACAAUUGUGACUUUGAGUUAGAAGAUGAAGAUUCCGAAGAUAUCACAUCAAACGGAGAGGAACAGUUAUCCAAUAGAAAUGACGAGACCUUAGGUGUAUCAUACACUUUUCCUGUCUCACAUACAAAAAUGAAUACAAAGACACACCGAAUGAUAUAUAAAUCGGUGAGUUUAGAGGACAUGGAAAUAUUGUUAGAUAAGAAGGUUACGGCGUUAAAUUCGGUGCUACAGCUAGGUAAUAAUACAUGUCUCAUACUACUAGUAAAGUAUAAAUGGAAUCAAGACAAAUUAUUAGAGGAUUAUACAAAUGGCAAUAUUACGAACUAUGGAUUAGUUAUGGAAUUGCAAAAACAGGAGCAAAGGAGAUCUAAUAUACCACUCAUAAAGGAGGUCAGAGAUCCCAAAUUUACCUGCCAUAUAUGCUUUAACAAUCCAUCAGAGGGCCAUCCGUUGACAGUAUUUACGUUAAGUAGCUGUGAUCAUCCAUUCUGUGUUGAUUGUUACAUAAAUUAUUUGAAAGAAGCCAACAAAGACAAGAAGUUACUGUUGAGAUGCCCCGAACCCACAUGUAAGCAACUCAUUACUAUGUCUGAUCUACAGAAGAUUAGUAACUUCGAAUGGGACAGAAAGAACCAAGAAAAAUUGAGGGAGGAACAAAAAUGCAUAUCAGCGGAACAACAAUCCAUAACGGAGGAAGAAAUUAAAACUAGGUAUCAGGGCGACAAACUCUCUUCCAAACUACAUGACUUGAACCUUGAUGACAUUUCAGAUUCCGAAGAUGAAGAUUUAAUAUAUCCAAGCCAUUCCGAAGAAAAAACUGAUAAAGCAAAAUGUGACACUGAUAAUCAUAGUGAUCCUGAUUUUGAUACGGCCAUUACUAAUUUUCAACAACAAAUUAUGGAGAAAGAAAGAACAGAGCGGGAGCAUGAACGUAACAAAACAAUAGCUUCAAAAUAUAAGCUGAAUUUGACCGAAAAUUACUGUUCCGCCCAUUAUAAAUACUUUAAAAACUGUCCAAUCCCAAAUUGUGAUUCAAUGGUUAUGCAAGUUGGGUUUGAUUCUGACAAAGUGGGAACGCUCUCGGAAUUUGUUGAAAGAAAGCUUGUUCCAACUGUCGUGUGUACUCAUAAGCACCGAUUUUGCUUUAACUGUUUGCAGGAGGACCAUUCACCUUGCCCAUGUUCUUUAGCAAAAGAAUGGGAGAAAAAAUGCAAGGAUGAUACGGAAACUUGUCAUUGGUUAGCUGCAAACACUAAGGACUGUCCUCACUGCUCAACACCAAUCGAAAAAAAUGGUGGCUGUAACCACAUGAUUUGUUUCAAAUGCGGAUUUGCGUUCUGCUGGAACUGCCUUCAGAAAUGGUCGUUACAUUAUAAUGAUUUCAAUUGUACUGUCUACGUGGGCGACGCAGAUGAUGCGAAGAAAGAUCAGGAUAAGAAUAAGAAAUUGCUUCGGAGAUAUAUGUUCUAUUUCGAACUGUUCGAUAACCAGAAGAGAUCAUUGGACGCUGACAAAAAGCUUUUAAGAAAGUUUGAGAAUAAUCUUAGAAAUAUUCAAGAAAGGUGUGGCGUAUCAUGGAUAGAAGCUCUUUUUUAUAGGGAAAGUAUGGACAUUCUCUUUAGGGCUCGUCAUGAACUGAUGUGGACAUAUGCAACGAUGUAUUACAUUGGUACAAAAAACUCCUGCGAGCUUGCAAAUGCUGCCCAACAGCUUUUUUCCCGAAACAUUGAAAAACUUUCAAGAUUAUUCUUGGAUACCAAGAUUGAAAUGAUAUUCAAGCAAAGGAAUAAGUUUCUGAAUUAUGCAAAUCUUGUAGAGGAAACCCGUGAAUUACUGGAAGAGACAUUUCUUGAUUAUAUUUCCAAGGAUCAAACCAAAUUAAUUUAA